GGGUAUAGAGCCGGCGAGUCCGCGCGGGUGGGCUAGCGCGGCGUGGCCGGCAGAGGCGCGGUGGCUCCCGGGUACGCGCGAGCGGGUCAUGGAGGAGGAACAGAGCUUCUCGGAUAUCUACGGCGGCCGCCUUGCCCUGCAGCACCGCUACUACUCCCCGUCCUGCCGGGAGUUCUGCCUCAGCUGCCCUCGACUCUCCCUGCGUUCGCUCACUGCUGUCACCUGCACCGUGUGGCUGGCGGCCUACGGAGUCUUCACGCUCUGCGAGAACAGCAUGAUCCUCUCUGCUGCCAUCUUCAUCACCCUCUUAGGCCUCCUUGGUUACCUCCAUUUUGUGAAGAUUGAUCAGGAGACUCUGUUAAUUAUUGAUUCCCUGGGCAUCCAGAUGACUACAUCCUAUGCUUCAGGCAAAGAAAGCACCACUUUUAUAGAGAUGGGCAAGGUCGAGGAUGUUGUCAUUAAUGAGGCUAUUUACAUGCAGAAGGUGAUUUACUACCUCUGCAUUUUAUUGAAAGAUCCAGUGGAACCACAUGGGAUAUCCCAAGUAGUACCUCUCUUCCAGAGUGCCAAGCCCCGGCUGGAUUGCUUGAUUGAAGUGUACAGGAGCUGCCAGGAGAUCCUGGCACACCAGAAAGAUACAUCAACAAGUCCAUGAGUCCCAGCAUUCAGAAAGCCGGUAUUGUCUUCCAUGGAAGAUGACUGCUAAGCCCCAGUGGCUGGCUUAAUUUCUGUAUUCUGAACCGUCCGCUGGACACAGCCCUAGGACGUAGUGGAUCUCAGAGCCACAGAGCAGGUGACUGGAAAUCUAACUCAAUGUUUCUUUGUAUUAUAGCAUUCCCCCUGUAAGGUUCUGCCCACUUUUCCAACGGGAGAGAGACCUUAAGAAUGUUGACAUGUCAAAAGUAAUUUUGGCAAACAGCACUUUGUGAGAUUCCUAAGCAUAUUCAAGUUUACUUUGUGUUGAUAUGUUGAGUUAGACGGGGGAAACUGAUACCAAAUCUCUUGAGAAAAGUAUAAUUUCCAAUUGUAUAGUAUCCCUGUAUAAAGUUAAGGAAAAAAAAAAAAGUGAAGCCCUUCCGGUACUCGUUAGCAGUACUUGUCCACAUGGCUCCUGUGUUCUGUACAGGGUUAAUUUAUGAUGACUCUUAAUAAAAGAUCUUCCAAAACACACAAUAAUUACCUGGUUCACAGACAGAUGCUUUUUAUUGACAGACAAAGCUCAUAAAUACUUUUCUGUUACUCAGCAUUUUCUAUUGUUUAAAAGCUGCUUUUUGCCAAGAGGGAUGAGACAAAAGGCCAGAAAGAAAUUUGACUUUGGUCUUCAGACAUGGGACUUCCAUGUUAAAGAAGAAUAAAUAAACAAACUAUAGAAGCCUUUGUUUCUAAAGCAGUUUCUUCUGUAUAAUAUUAAUAAACUUAAGGGAAAAUUCCUAAAGGUUGGGAAGGAGGGUGGGGAAAAUUAUUUGACCCCCAAAUUCAGUAUGAGCACAGCUUCGUUUUUGCUUACUCUUCUUUGGAAUUCUGGCUUUCUUUAGAACUCCCUGGGUAGAUAAUACGUAUUAUCCUUAUUGUCCUUAGAGACACUCAAGAUGUUAAAGACCAGAGCUGUAAUCUGUUUUACACCAGCCCUGUGGGAAUUGUCUAGGAGCCUGUGGUACAUGUGACUUAUUUGAGGUAGAAAUGUCUAGUUAGAUCCCCAAAUCCUGAGGUGAAAGAUAGGUACAGAAAUGGCUGUGAAACUAUCUGCUUUACAGAGUCAAGUUCAUUUUAAAAAGGCAGACACUGACGUGCUUUCUUCAUCAUGCUUAUCAAGUCUUUUUUUUUUUUUUGAGACAGAGUCUCACUAUGUCACCCUCAGUAGAGUGCUGUGGCAUCACAGCUCACAGCGACCUCAAACUCUUGGGCUUAAGUGAUUCUCUUGCCUCAGCCUCCCAGGUAGCUGGGACCACAGGCGCUCACCACAACACCCAGCUGUUUUGUUGUUGCAGUUGUCAUUGUUGUUUGGCAGGCCCGGGCCAGGUUCGAACCCGCCUGCCUCAGUGUAUAUUGCUGGGGCCCUAACCAUUGAGCUAUGGGCACCGAGCCAUGCUUAUCAAGUUUUUUUUGAAAAGGAUGCUCAUUUAUCUUUUCUAAGACAUAAAUUAAGACAACAGGCAUUAUUAGCUGGUAAAGUUUGCCACCCUGAGUUCAUAUCAAUAACUCCAAUCAUUGCCCCAGACUUCAAUCUGGUUUUCUCUUAAUUGUCCUGUCCAAGGUUGAGAACCUGGCUCUCAUCACCCUCCAUGAUAUUUACCUAUUGGAUCAGUGGCCCGAACUGUGCCCCCUUCCCCCCACCUGGGCUUUGCCUGUCCGGCCUCAAACUCCUGAGCUCAAGGGAUCCUCCUGCCUCAGCCUCCCAGAGUGCUGGGAUUAUAGGCAUGAGCCACCGAUCUUGGCCUUAAUCUUCACUUUUUUUUUUUUUAAGGGAAGUUACAAACUGCUUUUAUUAGGUAGCUAUUUUCAAUAUUAUCUGCUCUCUUUAACAAGAAGGAAGACACAUAUAGCUAACCUAAAGAAAAUAUAUUG